AUGUCCAGCAGUACCAAGCCCACCAUUCCACAAACUACUCAAACCACCAACAAAAUGUCCCUCUCAACCCUCUCCAUAAUCCUCGGCCUCCUGACCUCCAUGGGCGGAAUCACCGGCUACGUCCGUACAGGGUCCAUCCCAUCCGUAACAGCAGGCUGUACCGUCGGGGCACUCUACCUUCUCGGCGGCUAUCGUCUCUCGAACCGCGCAUCCUACGGAAUCGAAUCAGCACUCCUCGCCUCCGUCGUCCUGGCGGGGUCGAGCAUUCCCAGGGCGAUCAAAGGUGGAUUCAAGCCGCUGCCGACGGGAUUGUCGGUGCUGGCGACAGUGGGAUUGUUGGCUUUUGGGAAUGGGUACAUGAGUGGAAAGGGCAAGACGUUGUAG